CAAACCAUAAAACAGAAAAGCAAAAGCUAUACAGUCCUAUCCUACACAAUGAGUUCCAUCUAUGCGUUUUCUUUCCUCUUUUCUGCUCUCUACUUACUCACCAUGGCCUCUGCAGCCACAUUCGAUAUCCAAAACAAGUGUUCUUACGUUGUUUGGGCUGCCGCAGUCCCCGUAGGUGGUGGUAAACAGCUCAACCCAGGAGAACUCUGGCAAAUCAACGUAGCCUCUGGUACGACACAAGCCCGCAUUUGGGCACGAACCAACUGCCAAUUUGAUGCCUCUGGAAGAGUCCUAUCCUACACAAUGAGUUCCAUCUCUGUGUUUUCUUUCCUCUUUUCUGCUCUCUACUUACUCAACAUGGCCUCCGCAGCCACAUUUGAUAUUCGAAACAACUGUCCUUACGUUGUUUGGGCUGCCGCAGUCCCUGUAGGAGGUGGCAGACGUCUUAACUCAGGCGAAACCUGGCAGAUCAAUGUAGCCUCUGGGACAACACAAGCCCGCAUCUGGGCACGAACCAACUGCCAAUUUGAUGCCUCUGGAAGAGGUAGUUGCCAGACAGGCGAUUGCCAGGGACUCCUUGAAUGCAAAGCCUACGGCUCCCCACCCAACACUUUGGCCGAGUUCGCUCUUGGCCAGUUUGCCAACCAGGACUUUAUCGACAUCUCCAACAUUGACGGGUUUAAUGUUCCCAUGGAGUUCAGAUCCAACUCCCCUGGGUGCAGCCGUGUGAUCAAGCGUACUGCUGAUAUUGUAGGACAAUGUCCAAACGAGUUGAAGGUCCCUGGAGGGUGCAACGGGCCGUGUCCAGUGUUCAAGACAGAGGAGCACUGUUGCAACUCUGGCAAUUGUGGGCCUACAAACUUCUCCAGAUUUUUUAAGGAGAGAUGUCCAGAUGCUUACAGCUAUCCCAAGGAUGAUCCGACUAGCUUGUUCACUUGUCCCACAGGAACCAACUAUAAGGUUAUAUUUUGCCCUUGAAGGCUUACUGAAACUAGUCCUAAUUAAGCUUUACAUUUCUGGAAAAAAAAUAAAAGAUUGAGAAAUGGCUAUAUAGAGUUAGUCAUUUUGGGCAUAUAUCUCGUGAUGUAGUGAUGUGCCAUUAUGCUAUAGUAGCAAUAAAUUAGUUCCAGAUUU